AUUUAAACCCCCCAAAGCAUCUUCUCGUGGAAAGUAAGAAGCGCUUCCUCCCCCCCCCCCCCCCCCCCUUCUCCAGAAUCUCAAAUCCGAUCCGUUGGUUAGCUCUGCGAUUUCUCUCGCAAAUGGUUAAGGAAGAGGGGGCUGAGGGGAAGGCGGUGUUUCUUACGCCCCCUCUGGCACUAGAGGGUGGAUUGGCCGUUGAUCACAAGGUUCCCAGUAGUCUCGAGCGCGUUAUAAACUUAUUAAAAAAUGUACGGCCAGGAUCUGAUCUCACCCGAUUACAGCUUCCUCCUAUCUUCAAUCUACCGAAAUCACAACUUCAAUUGUAUGGUGAGUGUGUGUACUGCAUUGGUGAGGAUAUGCUGAGCAGGUGUGCUAAUGGAAAGAACGCUCUAGAGAGAUUCACGAGCGUUGUUGCAUGGAAUAUAUCGACCACUCGGCCAGCAAUCUUUGGUUUUGCACCGUUCAAUCCUGUCCUUGGAGAAACGCAUCAUGUGUCGAGGGGAAGUUUAAAUGUUCUUCUUGAACAGGUUUCACAUCACCCACCAGUAACUGCACUCCAUGCAACAGAUGAAAAUGCAAACGUGGAGCUAAUUUGGAGCCAAAAUCCUGUACCCAAGUUCUAUGGUACUUCAGUUGAUGUUGUGGUUCAUGGGAAAAAGCAGCUUAACCUCUUGAAUUUUGGUGAGAACUAUGAAAUGAAUACUCCCAGGCUUUUGAUAAGGUUCUUUCCUGUGCCGGGGGUCGAUUGGGUCGGAAAUGUCAGGAUAAGGUGUAAGGAAUCCGGCCUUGAAGCCGACUUAUGUUACAAAGGCCACUCCUUUCUUGGAUUCAGAAGCAGUUCCAGGUCUGUUAAAGGAAGGAUUUUCGAUUCUUCAUCAUCAGUCACGAUAUAUGAUAUCGAUGGACACUGGGACAGAAUCAUUACAAUGAAGGAUGUCCAGAGCGGGAAACUCACAGUAUUAUACGAUGCAAAGGGUGCCAUUUCUAUACUCAAAACACCAAAAUUGCAAGAUCAAAAGGGAUUGUUAUCGAGUGAAUCAACUUUGGUUUGGAGUGAAGUGAGCCAAGCAGUAGUGAAAAAGGAGUGGGAGAAAGCUAGAGAAGCAAAGAGAGCAAUUGAAGAGAAUGAGAGGAAGUUGGACAGAGAAAGAAAGGCUGAAGGAGAUUCUUGGGUUCCCAAGCAUUUUAAGGUGGCCCACACAGAGGAUGGAUGGGAAUGCAACCCAAAGCAAAAAUCAGUCCCAUCAGCUCCUAUCAUUGUUGAAAUCUAGAAAUGUUAUCAAAUAUAAAACUGAUCACCUACAAGCAGUUGUAGGUUUCUUCUCCUUGUAAAAUAUGGAAUUAUUAUUCGAGAACUGAUCACCUACAGCUAGUUGUAUGAUAUCCAACAUGCAAGCAGCAGCCCAAUGACUAGUAAUCGGAGCUUAAUCGUUCUCGAUACCUGUAAUCGGAGUGUAAUUGUUCUUGGGACCUAUAAUCGGACCGCAAUCGUUCCUGGGAUGAAGAUCAUUUGGCAUAAACAUCAAACCAGUUCGGUCAUCAUGCGGCCCACGAAGCUGAAAUCAAAGGAUGGCCGAUUUUCUGACUCUACUUGCAUCUGUGGGCCCACUAAUUAAUGGGUGGACUUGAUUUUCAACACAGACAAUCUUCAUGGUGGGGCGCACCAUUUACACGGUUCAGAUGUUUGCGCAGGCGACAUGUUGAUGGUAAAGAUGGGAUUACAUUAGUUAACUUGAAAUUGGGUAGUAGGUGAUCAGUUUUCGUUAUAAUGCAUGAAAAUCAAUUCAGUUUAUGCUGUAAGUUGGAAAUCUCUGUUGUUUCU